AUGCAAACAAAGGUCAGUCUGUGGCUGCUGCUGCUGCUGCAGCUGUCGGCGCAGAUAGCAGAGGUGCCCGGUUAUUUGAUCAUAGUGCAUGAGGACACGCCGCCCGGCGCUGUUAUAUUCAAUGCGUCGGUGUAUAAGCUCGGCUCGGAGCGUCAUUAUAAAAUCAAUGCACACAAGUCGGCGAACUUUGUGCAUCAUCUAGUCGCUGUUAGCCACAAGGAUGGGCAAAUACAGCUGAAGAAGUCGCUGAAAUGCGACGGCAUCUACUAUCCCAGUUUGUUUACCUUCUACGUGGACUCGACAUCGAAUCGCCUGCGCUCCAUUGACUACUACAGUCUGCCCGUGCGCAUUUUCAUAUCGGGCCACAGCUGCAACGAGGAUCGACGCGCCGAGCAGGAGCUGCAUCACUUGCAUCACUACGAGGAGGAGGACAACACGGGCUACUCCAAACGACGACGCAGGCGUCGCGAUUUGCAGCAGCAGCUGCAGCUCGAUGGCAAUCAGCUGGAGCUGGCGUACAGUGAGAACAGCACAGACUUUCGUGCCGGCGAUUUGAUCUUUGGCAACAGCUUCGACAACGAAAUGCGUCAUCGCAUACUGAGCCGCAAGCGUCGCGGCGCCGUCGGCUCAGAUCCGCUGCAGCUGCAGCCAGCGCUGCAUCGCCGCGUCUCGGAUGCCAAGCAAUGGAUAUCGGAGACCUACGCCAGCUAUGCCAUACACACCACCGAUAAAUGGAAUCAGAUUUGCCUGCGCAAAUCGCAGUUCAUCAACAAUCUGAACGCGUUUCUGCCCAAGUCCGUGUGCCAGCAUUGCAAGGUGAACUUUCUGGAUGUGAACGACGAGCGCUUUGCCAUCGAGCAUCUGAACAAUGAUCUGGUGGCCAGUCGCGAUGUCUGCAUACACGAGUCCAUGUGGAAAGUGGCCAUUACCUUUAACAUACGCUGCAAUCGCAACGACAUUGUGGACUCGGAUCAUCGCCUGAAGAUUGUGUAUCACCAUCAGGAGUUCAAUGACACGGACAUUGCCAAGCGCGUGCGACGUGAGCUGCGCAAUCAGUCGCCCUAUUUCGAGCAGGCGCUAUAUGUCGCCUCUGUGCUGGAGGAGCAGCCCGCGGGCGCAGCAGUCACCACAGUGCGCGCACGUGAUCCGGAGGAUUCGCCUGUGGUUUACUCCAUGGUAUCGCUGCUCGACUCGCGCUCGCAGUCCUUGUUCAAGGUGGACUCGCGCACGGGUGUGGUUACCACUUCAGCUGGCCUGGAUCGCGAGCUCAUGGAUGUGCACUACUUUCGUGUGGUGGCCACCGAUGAUAGCUUCCCGCCACGCAGCGGCACCACCACCUUGCAGGUGAAUGUGCUCGACUGCAACGAUCACAGUCCCACCUUUGAGGCGGAGCAGUUCGAGGCGGCCAUCAGAGAGGGUGCCACAGUGGGCUCCACAGUCAUCACGCUGCGCGCCACGGAUCAGGACAUUGGCAAGAAUGCGGAAAUCGAAUACGGCAUUGAAGCGGUCACAGAUGGCGUUGGCGCUGCACAGGAUCAGGAGAUGCCCAUUUUUCGCAUCGAUUCGCGCUCGGGCGUCAUUUCCACGCGCAGCAGUUUGGACCGCGAGACCUCGGACAGCUACCAGUUGCUGGUGACGGCCUCGGACAUGGCGGCGACGCAGAGCGAGCGCAAGACGGCGACGGCCAGCGUGCUGGUGAAGAUUCUCGAUGACAACGACAACUAUCCGCAGUUUAGCGAGCGCACGUACACGGUGCAGGUGCCGGAGGAUCAGUGGGGCGAUGACAACACCGUGGCGCAUAUACGCGCCAGCGAUGCGGAUCAGGGCAAUAAUGCGGCCAUACGCUAUGCCAUCAUUGGCGGCAACACGCAGUCGCAGUUCUCCAUUGACUCGAUGAGCGGCGAUGUGAGUUUGGUCAAGCCGCUGGACUAUGAAAGCGUGCGCAGCUAUCGCCUGGUCAUACGUGCUCAAGAUGGCGGCAGUCCGUCCAGAAGCAACACCACGCAGCUGCUGGUCAAUGUUAUCGAUGCCAAUGACAAUGCGCCGCGUUUUUACACCUCCCAGUUCCAGGAGAGCGUGCUGGAGAAUGUGCCCAUUGGCUACAACAUAAUACGCGUGCAGGCCUACGACUCGGAUGAGGGCGCCAAUGCGGAGAUUAGCUACAGCAUCUCCGAGCGGGAUGACAACUUUCCGCUGGCUGUAGAUUCACGCACUGGUUGGGUGCAAACCAUCAAGCCGCUAGAUCGCGAGGAGCAGAGUCGCUUUGCUUUUCAGGUGGUGGCCAAAGAUGGCGGCGUGCCGCCCAAGUCUGCAAGCUCCUCAGUGGUUAUUACUGUGCAGGAUGUGAACGACAACGAUCCUACGUUUAAUCCCAAAUACUAUGAGGCCAAUGUGGCGGAGGAUCAGCAGCUGGGCACGCCAGUAACAACUGUAACCGCUACCGAUCCCGAUGAGGAUUCGCGACUGCAUUAUGAGAUAACAACGGGCAAUACGCGUGGACGCUUUGCCAUCACUUCGCAGAAUGGGCGUGGCUUGAUUACCAUUGCCCAAUCGCUGGACUACAAGCAGGAGAAGCGCUUUUUGCUCACAGUGACAGCUACGGAUUCGGGUGGACGCACGGAUACGGCUACAGUGCAUAUAAACAUAACUGAUGCGAAUAACUUUACGCCCAUUUUCGAAAAUGCGCCCUACAGCGCUUCGGUGUUUGAGGAUGCGCCAGUGGGCACCACAGUGCUGGUGGUAUCGGCCACAGACAGCGAUGUGGGCAUUAAUGCGCAGAUCACUUACUCACUCAACCAGGACAGCAUCAAUGGCCUCAAAACUGUAGAUCCGUUUACAAUCAAUCCACAAACGGGCGCCAUUAUCACCAGCGCGCCACUGGACAGGGAAACCAACAGUGGCUAUCUGCUGACUGUAACAGCCACGGACAAUGGCACGCCCGCUUUGAGUGACACCACCGAUGUGGAAAUAAGCAUAACCGAUGUAAACGACAAUGCGCCAACGUUCAAGAGUCCGCUCUAUCAGGCGUCCAUACUGGAGGAUGCACUGGUGGGCACUUCGGUGAUACAAGUGGCUGCCAGCGAUACGGAUAUUGGGCUGAAUGGACGCAUUAAGUAUUUGCUAAGCGAGCGUGAUGUGGAGGAUGGCAGCUUUGUCAUAGAUCCCACCUCGGGCACCAUCAGAACCAACAAGGGCUUGGAUAGAGAAAGCGUUGCCAUUUAUCAUCUCACAGCGAUAGCAGUGGACAAGGGCUCGCCGCCGCUCUCCAGCAGUGUGGAGGUGCAAAUACGCUUGGAGGAUGUCAACGAUUCGCCGCCCACAUUUGCUUCGGAUAAGAUUACGCUGUAUGUGCCAGAGAAUUCGCCUGUGGGUUCAGUAGUGGGCGAAAUACAUGCGCACGAUCCGGAUGAGGGCGUCAAUGCGGUGGUGCACUAUUCCAUUAUAGGCGGCGAUGACUCCAAUGCUUUCUCUUUAGUGACACGCCCAGGCUCGGAGCGUGCGCAGCUGUUAACGAUGACGGAGCUGGACUAUGAAUCCUCACGCAAGCGCUUUGAGCUGGUGGUGCGAGCUGCCAGUCCGCCGCUGCGCAAUGAUGCGCACAUAGAAAUUCUAGUGACCGAUGUGAACGACAAUGCGCCAGAGCUGCGCGACUUUCAGGUGAUAUUCAACAAUUUCCGCGAUCACUUUCCCAGCGGCGAAAUUGGACGCAUACCCGCCUUCGAUGCGGAUGUGAGCGACAAGUUGAACUAUCGUAUAUUAUCCGGCAAUAAUGCGCAGCUGCUGCGUCUGAAUCAAAGCACAGGCGGCUUGAUAUUGAGUCCACAGCUGAACACCAAUGUGCCCAAGUUUGCCACCAUGGAGGUAAGCGUGUCCGAUGGCAUCAACGAAGCCAAGGCCAUAAUGCAGCUGGCCGUGCGACUCAUUACCGAGGACAUGCUCUUCAAUUCGGUUACAGUGCGUCUGAAUGAAAUGACUGAGGAGUCGUUUCUGUCGCCUUUGCUCAACUUCUUUCUGGAUGGCCUGGCUGCCAUUAUACCCUGUCCCAAGGAGCACAUCUUCAUCUUUAGCAUACAGGACGACACUGAUGUGAGCUCACGCAUACUCAACGUUAGCUUCUCGGCCAAGCGUGCGGAUGUUUCACACGAGGAGUUCUAUACGCCGCAGUAUUUGCAGGAGCGCGUGUAUCUCAAUCGCGCCAUACUGGCGCGCCUGGCCACAGUCGAGGUGCUGCCCUUUGAUGAUAAUCUGUGCGUGCGUGAGCCUUGCCUCAACUUUGAGGAGUGCCUCACUGUGCUCAAGUUCGGCAAUGCCUCCGAGUUUAUACACAGCGAUACGGUGCUCUUCCGCCCCAUAUAUCCAGUGAAUACAUUCGCCUGCUCCUGUCCUGAGGGCUUCACGGGCAGCAAGGAGCACUAUCUGUGCGACACUGAGGUGGAUCUCUGCUACUCGCAGCCUUGUCUGCAUGGCGGCAGCUGUUUGCGGCGUGAGGGCGGCUACACUUGCGUUUGCGACGCCGCCUACACGGGCGUCAAUUGCGAAACGAGCCUGGCCGAGCUGCCCGCCUGCAUGACGCCCAACUGUGAGCACGGCCUGGGCCACGCCUGCCUGGACAACUAUUUGAGUGCACAGCCGCCUGCGUACACCGCCAGCUGCGAGCUGCGCGCGCGCUCCUUUACGCGCAACAGCUUUCUGACCUUCGAGAGUCUCAAGCAGCGACAUCGCUUCAACAUCAAGCUGCGCUUUGCCACAGUGCAGCAGCAGGGAUUGCUGCUCUACAAUGGACGCUACAAUGAGCUGCACGACUACAUUGCCUUGGAGCUGCUCGAUGGCCACAUUAGCUUCAGCUAUUCGCUCGGCGAUCGCAGCGAGCGCGUGCAGCUCAAGCAGCAGCACAAGCUCAGCGAUGGCCGCUGGCAUGAAGUGGAGCUGAUCUAUCUGAAUCGCACUAUUACGCUCGUGCUGGAUAAUUGCGACACGGCUAUAGCGCUGUCGGGUCAGCUGGGCGCGCCCUGGAACUGCGCCAAUCGCACCACACUGCAGCUGGACAAGCGCUGCGCCUCGCUCACCGAGAGCUGCCAUCGUUUUCUCGAUCUGACGGGUCCGCUGCAGCUUGGCGGCUUGCCACGCAUUCCUGCGCAUUUUCCUGUUUCCAAUCGCGACUUUGUCGGCUGCAUCUCCGAUCUGCGCAUAGAUGAGCGCUAUGUGGACUUGAACGCCUAUGUAGCCGACAAUGGCACUGUGGCGGGUUGUCCACAGAAGGCGACGCUUUGUGCCUCGGAGCCCUGCUUCAAUGGCGGCACCUGCCGCGAGGGCUGGCGCAUCUACAGCUGCGAGUGCGCGCCAGGAUUUGCAGGCAACAACUGCGAGGACAGCAUACCCGCACCCUGGCGCUUCACUGGCGCCGGCUCGCUCAGCUUCAACCCACUGCUGCGUCCCAUACAACUGCCCUGGCUCAUCUCCUUCUCGCUGCGCACGCGUCAGCAGCAGGCGUUCCUUAUGCAAAUCCAAAUAGGCCAGAACAGCUCCGCAGUCAUCAGUUUGAAGGCGGGCGUGCUCUACUUCAUCUACGACAACGAGCCCAUGUUCCUGGCGGGCGUGUAUCUGGCCGAUGGCGACUGGCAUCACGUCGAGCUGCGUUGGCAGCAAAGCGGCGAGCUGCACUUCAGCGUGGACUAUGGACAACGCACUGGCGCUGUGCCCAUUGCGGAGAAGGUGCAGGGACUCUAUGUGGGCAAGAUUGUCAUGGGCAGCGCAGACGGCAGCAUUGGAUCCGUGCUGGAUUCGCUGCCCUACGAGGGUUGUCUGCAGCAGGUGCGCAUAGGCGCUGGCCAAUCCGUGCUGGCGCGUCCCAGCAUACGCGAGAAUGUGCUCGACGGCUGCGAGUCCCAGGCGCAGUGUCCCAGCAGCUGUCCCACGCACGCCAGCUGCCAAAGCAGCUGGGAUGAGGCCAACUGUGAGUGCGAGGCCGGCUAUGUGGGCAGCGAGUGCGCGCCCAUUUGCUCGGUGCAGCCCUGCGCCGCCGGCGUCUGUCGCGCCAAUGCGACUCUGCCGCGUGGCUACAGCUGCGCCUGCAACAGCAGCUUGCAACAUGGCCAAUACUGCGAGCAGACGCUGCAGCAACCCUGCCCGGGUGGCUGGUGGGGCGAGCGCGUCUGCGGGCCCUGCAAGUGCAAUCUGGAGCAGGGCUAUCAUCCGGACUGCAACAAGACGACGGGUCAGUGCUACUGCAAGACGAAUCACUACCAGCCGCUGAACGAGAGCGCCUGCCUGGCCUGCGACUGUUAUGCCAUUGGCAGCUACAGCAGCGCCUGCAAUCGCUUGAGCGGACAGUGCGAGUGUCGCGAGGGCGUCAUUGGGCGUCGCUGCGACUCCUGCUCCAAUCCGUAUGCCGAGGUAACGCUCAAUGGCUGCGAAGUUGUCUACGAUGCGUGUCCGCGCAGCUUUGCCGCCGGCAUUUGGUGGCCACGCACACCGCUGGGUGCGCUCAGCAUUGAGUCGUGUCCGCUGCCGGCGCGUGGCAAGGGACAGCGCAGCUGCGACAGUCAAACGGGCAGCUGGAGCAAGCCGGAUAUGUUCAACUGCACUUCAGAGCCGUUUGUCGAGCUGCGGCGCCAACUUUCGCAAUUGGAGCAACUGCAGCUGGAGCUCAACUCGUUUGUAGCCAUCAAAAUGGCGGAGCAGCUGCAGUCGGCCUGCGCUGCCGUCGAUCGCAGCAGCGGCAUAAGCAAGACAGCCACGCCUCCCAGACACAACAGACGCUACAAAAUGGAGUCCAGUUUUCUGCUCAACUCGGCGGCAAGCGUUUGGUCGCAGGAGCUGCACAUGGAUUAUCUUUCAGAUGAGCUAAAGUUCUCCCACGAGCGUUUGUAUGGCGCGGAUUUGCUUGUGACCGAGGGCAUCUUACAGGAGCUGCUCAACUAUGAGCUGCGCCAGAGUGGACUCAACUUGACGCACAGCCAGGACAAGUACUUCAUCAAGAAUCUGCUAGCAGCCGCCAGCGUUAUACUCGAUCGCAAAUACGGCGCCGAAUGGCAGCGGGCCACCGAGUUGAUUCAACGUGGUCCGGAGGAUCUGAUGGACGCCUUCAACAAGUACAUGGUGGUGCUGGCGCGUGCCCAACACGACACCUACACCAAUCCCUUCGAGAUUGUGCAGCGCAACAUGGUGUUGGGUCUGGACAUCGUCACCAGCGAGUCGCUGUUUGGCUAUGAGCCCGAGCAGCUGAGCGAGUACCACAAGACCAAGUACUUCAAGCCCAAUGCCUUCACCACGGAGCGUGUCGUGCUGCCGGACACGUCGUCGUUUCUGCAGCAUUCCGCCAAGCAGCGCGCCGUCAUCAGCUUUCCCAAGUACAAUAAUUACAUAUUGGACAAGCUGAAGUUCGAUAAGCACAGCAAGGUGCUGGUGCCGCUGGAUAUGCUGGGCAUAACGCCGCCGGCGCAGGAUGAGUUCAGUCAGGGCAGCAAGGCGCAGGACUAUCGCGCCAUUGUGGCCUAUGCGCAGUACAAGGAUGUGGGUCAGUUACUGCCGGAGCUUUAUGAUGAAACAAUCACUCGACGCUGGGGCGUUGAUGUGGAGCUGGCCACGCCCAUACUCUCACUGCAGAUUCUAGUGCCCUCCACGGAGUCAGAGCAGCAGCAGCAGUCCAGGCUUGAAAUUCCCUCGCGUAAAAUAUCCGCCGCUGUUAGCAGCAUCUCUGCUUCCUCCAGUUCCAAUGAGGACGGCGUGCGUGAGCAACAAUUUGUGGAGGUAUUCGAUGUGCCCAAGGCGCCCAGCAGCAGCAGCGAACAGCAGAUCGAGGACAUACGCAUUACGGCACAUGAAAUUCCACCACCCGAGUCUGUUGAGCAAGGCGGCAGCAAGGAAUCCUUGGAGGCAGAGCAGCCGCACAUUCGUCUCAAUCUGGAGGACAUUGAGUUCCAUGGCAAUUCCGGCGAGGAAGUGAGCGUCGACUCUUCACCCGAACAGCUUAAUCCCAACUUUGAGGGUGCCGCUGACAGCAAUGAGAAAGGCGAGAACGAAGCCGUUUAUCGCGAUCGUCGCUUAGUCAAGCGCCAGGUGGAGGUUAUUUAUCCAUCAGAGCAGUUGAAGCCACAGCAGCUGGUGUACCGCUCACUGGGCUCGCCGCAUUUGUCACAGCCCAUCAAGCUGCAGCUGUGGCUAGACAUGGAGUCCUCACGCUUUGGCCCACGCUCUAAUCCGCAGUGCGUGCGCUGGAACAGCUUCACCAAUCAAUGGACGCGUCUGGGCUGCCAAACCGAAAUCCCAGACUUUGAUGUGGACUAUCCGCAACAGCAGCCAAUUCUCAUUAACUGCAGCUGCACGCACAUUUCCAACUAUGCGGUUAUAGUGGACAUAAUUGAUCCGGAGGACAUACCGGAGCCGUCGCUGCUGGUGCAGAUCACCUCCUACUCCGCCUUUAUGGUCUCGCUGCCGCUGCUGUUGGGCGUGCUGCUGGCUCUUGCGCUGCUACGCGGCCAGCAGACCAACUCGAACACCAUUCACCAGAACAUUGUACUCUGCGUCUUCUGUGCGGAGCUGCUUUUCUUUGUAGGCAUGCAGUCGCGUCGCCAGCUGCUGGAGAACGAGUUUCCCUGCAAGCUGAUUGCCAUUUGCCUGCACUACUUCUGGCUGGCUGCCUUUGGCUGGACCACCGUCGACUGUGUACAUCUCUAUCGCAUGCUCACCGAGAUGCGCGACAUUAACCACGGACCCAUGGGCUUCUACUUCGCUCUCGGCUACGGCGCUCCAGCUGUCGUUGUGGGUCUCUCCGUUGGCGUCAGGGCACACGAGUACGGCAACAGUCUGUUCUGUUGGUUAUCUGUUUACGAACCUGUGGUCUGGUGGCUGGUGGGUCCUAUUGCGGGCAUGUCCGUGGUGAAUCUGCUGAUACUCUUUGUGUCCGUCAAGGCUGCCUUUACGCUCAAGGAUCACGUGCUGGGCUUUGGCAAUCUGCGCACACUGCUCUGGCUUUCGGUUGUCUCGCUGCCGCUGAUGGGCGUGAUGUGGGUGCUGGCUGUGUUGGCUGCCUCGGAGCAUUCGCAGCUGCUGAGUCUGUUGCUCUCGGGCGUAGUACUUCUCCACGCGCUCUUCUGCCUCAUUGGCUACUGCAUUAUAAACAAGCGUGUGCGUGAGAAUUUGCAACGCACUUGUUUGCGCUGCAUGGGACGCAAAGUGCCGCUGCUGGACUCGUCCAUGGUGGUGAGCAACAGUUCGCAUAAUGUGAAUGGCGCUGCCAGGCCGAAUAAUUUCCUAGCCGGCAACUAUGACACGGCCCGACGCAACAUAGGCAUAAGUGCCUCCAGCACAACGUCGCGCAGUACGGCCAAGACCAGCUCCAGUCCAUAUAGCGAUGGACAGCUGCGUCAGACGUCCACCUCCACCUCAAACUAUAAUUCAGCUAGCGAUGCGCCCAGUUUUCUGCGUGGCUUUGAGUCCUCGAAUGCAACGCGUGGGCGAGGCGGCGGCGGUGGCGGCGAGGAAAAGCCGCGACGACAGCGCAAGGACUCAGACUCCGGCUCAGAGACAGACGGACGCUCGCUCGAACUGGCCUCCAGUCACAGCAGCGAUGAUGACGAGUCGCGCACCGCGCGCUCCUCAGGCACACAUCGCAGCACGGCCACCAAUGCAACGCCGGCGUACUUGCCCAACAUUACGGAGCAUGUGCAGGCCACCACUCCGCCAGAGCUGAAUGUGGUGCAGAGUCCGCAGCUGUUUCCCAGCGUCAACAAGCCUGUGUAUGCGCCACGCUGGUCCAGCCAGCUGCCAGAUGCGUAUUUGCAGUCACCGCCGAACAUAGGACGUUGGUCCCAGGACACGGGCAGCGAUAAUGAGCAUGUGCAUGGCCAGAAGCUGACCAUUUCGCCCAAUCCGCUGCCACUGCCCAAUCCAGAUCUCACGGACACCAGCUACCUGCAGCAGCAUCACAACAAGAUAAACAUGACGCCUUCGAUACUGGAAAACAUACGCGAUGCACGCGAUGGCUACGAGGACAGCCUGUAUGGCCGGCGUCAGGAUUAUGGCGAUAAGUACGGCUCAUAUAAGCCGCCCAGUCACUACGGCAGCGAGCAUGACUAUCCGCCUGCCGGCGGCGCCAGUGGCUCUCAAACUAUUGGACAUCUGCGCAGCUUUCAUCCAGACGCCGCCUAUCUAAGCGACAAUAUCUACGAUAAGCAGCGCACGCUGGGCAGCGGAUACCUGGGCGCCAAGUCCGAGUCGCCUUAUCUGACCAAGGAGCGCAUUACGCCGGAAAUUUACGGCUCGCGCGACGGCCACUACAGCCUGAAGCGACAGCCCGCCUAUGCCACAGGCUCGCUGCACUCGGUGCACUCGCUGCUCAAGAACGACUACCAGCAACAGCAGCAGCAGCAACAACAGCAGCAGCAUCACCAACAUCAGCAGCAGCAACACGACCGCCUGUCUGAGGGCUCGGAUAAGAAUGGCUAUCACUUUCCCUACACCGCCGAGGAGGAUCACUUGCAGCAGCAGGCACGCAAGCUAAGCGGUCAGCUGCCCCACCACAUGUUGCAGCCACAUGCGGCGCUUGUGAACGACAUGAACAAUCCCGGAUUGCUGGCGCGGCACACGCUCAACGGCAGCCUCGGCCCCGCGGGCAACUCGCGGCACAGCUCACGCGCAUCCUCGCCGCCCUCCAAUAUGGUGGCGCCCAUGCAGCCGCUGGGACCGCUGGCCAGCAUCACGGACACAGACUCCGAGUACGACAUUAUUUGGCUGCAUCGCAGACAGCAGAGGCAACAUUAUCCUUGGUCGCUAACAAUAUGGCGGAAUAUUGAUGAUGAUGAGACCACGGUGUGACGACUGUCUACAACUAGACAACAACAACAACAAGUACAGCGGCAACAACAACAGCCGCAAAUACAAAAACAAAAGCCGAAACAUUUUCCGAAGCAACGCGCACAUAAGGAAGUAAAUCAAUUUGCAACUAUCAGACGCAAACCACAAUUUAAAUUGAACACAAAUCUUUAAGCACUUUAUGCAGCGAGCCAGCUUUGCAUGCAUACCACAUAGAUUUUCAAUUUAAAAUUUACAUUGGAAAAUAUUACAAAGGCUUAAGUUAAGACACAUGGCUGCAACUCAACAUAAUAAUAAUAAUAAUAAUUGUACAUAUGCAUACACACACACACACAUACAUACAUGACAGUAAACUUGUAGCUUAAAACAAUGAUGUAAAACAUAUAUACACACAUUCCACAUACUUAUACACAUAUAUUUUUUAAUAUUUAAAUUUAUUUAUGUAUAAACAACAACAUAAGUCGAACUUAAUGCUUUAUGUUGUAAAGUAAUUUAAAGUACAUAUACAAUAAAUAUUACGUAUACGUAAUACACACGCAGACACUGAGCCACACUUUAGCCUAUACAUAUGUACACAGUUUACUGCAUUUAAGCGCUGUAUGUAUUUAAUUAUAUUUAAAUAUACUUACUGUACUGUACUACCAUUUAACAAAAGUCAGACUGAUUUUAAGCAUUUGUUUAUUAUUAUUAACUACUAAGUAUUGCAUAAACAAAGCUCAACAUACACACACACUCACACACACACACACACACACACACUAGCGCACUUCAUAUAAACAAAUUGUAAGUCGACUUUUAUUUCAACUGCCAAAUGUUUUAGCAUUUUAUUUUGCAGGCGUAUAAAAUACAGCAAAUAUUUAUAAACAAAUCGUGUGCCUCAUACGAAUUAGAGCUUAUUAUGCCAAAUUAGUUAAAGAAAGAAUAAAUAAAGCAAACGUAUACAAUUUAUAAUUCAUUUGCUUGUCAUUUAGUUGAAUGUUUUUAGCUUCAUUUGCAAAUGCAAAAUCUAUGUUUAACUAAAUGCAUUUAUAAAUUAAACUCGGAAUCGCCUGUUAAACCAAAUGUAUGCAAACCACUGUACAAAUUCGAGUGUGUAGCAGCAAAAUAAAUCAUCAGAAUCUAUUUAAAAAUACGCCCAAAUGAAAUUAGAGUCUCACACGCACACACACAUACACACAGUCACAGACACUCACUCAAACACAAACAAAGCUAAACAUAUCCAGCAGUUAAUGUCUAUGUAACAAAUUAAAUGUGCGUUUGAAUGUUUGUUUGCACUGUUGGUAGAACAGUUUGUUGUGCCAGUUGAAAUGCAUUCCAUUAUAGCCACAAACAGUUGCAAUUUACUAUGCCCACAUUUAUGCGUGUGUUUAAUAUUAUAAAUAAAUAAUUGAUAAGCUGCUGUGUACGUUAGUUUGAGCUUCAACAAUGGCAGUUUACAACUAGCUUCAUUUUGUGGCUACACCAUCAACACGAACGUAACCAUCUAAAACAGUAAUAGCCAUUUAAACGCAAUCUUUUUGAAGUGACUGUGAAAGGCAAUGGUUAAUGUCAUAAAGUUGCUUGCCACCCUCGCAGUCACUUUAAUUUUGCUUGUUAGUUGCCAUUGUUUGAAAUUGACGCAAUAUGAGAAUCAUAAUAUUUAUGUGAAUUGAUUUAAUUGUAAAUUAUAAC